UCCUCCCCAUCAUCCACAGGCAACGCCUAACUUUCCACGUAGCGGUCUAAAGGUCUUAGGUGCACUCGGGGUAUUGCUGGCGACCACCGCACCGUUCAGGAACACGACCGGUCGAAAAAAGUAAUACCACCAUGGUGUCCUCAACAGUCAACGUGGUCCGAUACAGCGCGCUCGUGUCUGGCGUCUUCUACGGUAUCGUGCACCGACGGUCACUCCAGAAGCAGCACGACGAGGAGAAGCGCCACCAUGCUAUCCACGAGCGGGAGAAGCUGAUUGCGGAGGCGAAGGAGGCGUGGAAGAGAAAACAGGAGGGAGGCAAGGACGGUGUUGUGACGGAUCCCGAAGACCCCCGCUUCGACCUAGAGAAGUUACUGGAGAAGUGGGAGAAGGACUACUCAUAAUGUCGAUAUCCGUUCCUCUAAUAUAGACCAUUCUCCGGGAUCUCCAUGGAGGACUCGUUGCAUGCGCAGGAAUGUGAAGGCCUACAUACUGCCUCUGCAUUCGUUCGACACUACACAUAACCCGGCACUAUUAUUCUUUGUGACAGACCCGUAGUCCAAAACGUAUGCUGCAUGUACUCCUCCCAUACCCACAUCCAACGUCGUUUAUAGCAGCCAUGUAACUUAUACGUCUGCGGUCGUUCGGUACUCGAGUCCCUUGGG